UCAAAAAUUCGUUAUAUUUUUUAUGGCUUCUCAAACGAGGGGAGGAAUUUGGAGAACGGCGUCACUAUAGGGGUUGCUUGGUUUGUAAGGCGGCUUCGCGCCUGCGCGCGUAGUUCGCGCCACUGCUACGUUGCUACUUGCUUGCAAGCCAGAUGUUCUGAAAAGCUUCCUGUCGUCGUUACAUUGCUCUGCAUUUUUAUCUUUUUAUAAAAUGUGGACUAGGAUAAUUUUAUUAUUUUAUAUUAUUAGUGAAGUAUUCAGUGUUUAAUAUAAUAUGUGUAUAUUAGAUAGUGUCGUUUAAUUGAAAGUUAUCGAACGUCUCGAUGUCCACGAGUUCACUCGAGACCAACAAAGCGGCGGACAUUUUAUUUUGAGUAUUCGAUAAUGUAGCGUUUGCGUCGAAAACAUUAAAUGUCGUUUUAUAGUUCUGUAUUUGGAUAUCGUACGCUUACACCUUUCCGAUGCCGAGGGGGGUGAAGCGAGGGCCGGCGGAGGGCGAAGCUGAGGUUGUGGUACGCGUCACAGCGUCUCCGUCGCACACUACGCUCCUGGAAGACAGCCCCAGCCAGCCCAUCAGCUACCACCUGCUCGACCACGGCUAUGGCGCCACGCCUCAACACCAGAUACGGCGGGAGGCACCCUCCGCACCGCCGAAGACUUCUGAGGCGGUGAAACGAAGGUUGAACCUGAGCGAGAGCAGUUCAGGCAGUCAGGGGCAUGUGGUGCCCAUGAAAGCGGACUUCAAGACUCCCAAACAGAAGCGCGUCAAGGUGCUCACCCCCUACAGUCGCCCGUCCAGUUCUAUGAAAAAAUACACCGAACGCUCCAGGUUUGACACAUCAUUAGGUUUACUUACAAAAAAGUUCGUCGCGCUACUAAAAUCAUCACCCAACGGUGUUUUAGAUCUAAACAUAGCAGCAGAGCAUCUGUCAGUGCAGAAACGACGUAUAUACGAUAUAACGAACGUAUUAGAGGGAAUAGGAAUAUUAGAGAAGAGAUCGAAAAAUAAUAUACAAUGGAAGUGUGGGCUCGGCGGGGCCGGCGUAGUAAACGAAGACAAUCGCAUGCGGAGGUUACGGCGCGAAGUUCGCACUCUGAACGCGCGGGAAGCGAAGGUGUCACGGGCCGUCACUGUCGCGGAGCACGCGCUCUCGCGGCUGUCGGCCGAGCACCGGUCGCGGGCAUAUAUCACUUACGCGGACCUGCGCUCGAUCAAAGACUUCAGGAACCAAACGGUCAUACCUAUCAAGGCACCUCCAGAUACCAGGCUAAGUGUACCACACCCAGAUGAGAAGGGGUAUAUGAUACAUCUGAAAUCAAAGUCUGGUGAAAUCGAAGUCUACCUCUGUCCUAAAGAAAGGCCACCAACACCUCCACCCUCAUCAGGGUUACUGCCAUCAGACCCUCUGUUAGAAGAUAAUAAGGCUCUGCUGGCACCACUUAUAGCGCAGCUGCAAUCCAUGCCUUCGAGUACCAUCUCCGCAACCUUUUCGACGCCUAUAAAGCGCGAGCCGGAUUGCGGGGAGCCGUCGACGUCCGCGCAUUGGUCGCGCACGCUGGUGGUGCGCACGCCGUGCGUCACGGACCCCACGAUGCCGCUGGCCACGCCUCCGCAGCGACCCGCGCCAAUCACGCCCGUGCGAGUCACGGCGGGCGUGGUCUCCUCGCCCGCCGCCGCCUCUCUACCGUCCACGCCCGACAACCGCAGCGCUCGAGGGCGGCUGCGUAAUGCCUUAAUAGCGGACAGCGAUGACUUCGCGCCAAUAAUGGGGGGCGGACGUUUCCAACUGCAGACGGAAGAUCAGGAGUCAGAGCCGCCGGAGCUGGAGCCGUUCUUGGCGCUGGAGCCGCCCAUGUCUGCCAACGACUACGGCUUCUGCCUCGACCACGACGAGGGUCUGUCGGAACUUUUCGAUUUCGAAUUCUAGUGAGAGUGGAAAGUGUCAUGGUGACGUGACGUUUUAUAUGGUGCCCGUAUUGUACAGUGUACGAAAUGUCGGCUAGAUGUCUAGCCACAAAGCUUGUUCUACACGAGAGUUCCGUUCAAGUUUCGGCGAUGGCUGUUUUCAGCCAUGUACCGGAAACCGGAGCGGAACUAUACUCGUGUAGUCCGGACACAGCUGCGAUUUUACGAGUGCUAAAUUGAUAGACGGUAGCACAAUCGGUAUCACAGUACCCGCGUGGGAAUGUUGCACAAAGACUCGCUAGAGAGAGUACGCUUAAAAUUGUACGUUGUACAUGGUUUUAGUUCUGCCGUGAUGUUUUUUAUGGCGUAUACAUGCAAUAUAUAACAUCGAAUCUGCAAUAGAAACAUUUUUUUAUUUAUUUUAAUUCAAUUUAUUUUAUUUUUGAUAAUGGAUAAAUCCUAUACUAAGUUCAUUCGGUUGGAUGCCUUAAUCAGCCAUCUAUGUGAUUUUAAUAAGUAUGUUGAAGGGUGCUAUUUCCGGAAAACUGGAACCAUUGGUUUGUUAUGAAUAUAUGCUUACUUUUACUGAAAUAUUUUUUAAGUAGAACAUACAGUUUAAGAGUGGAUGAUUGCAGAAAACAAUAAAUUAUAAUGAUUAUUUAAUUUAUUUUUAGUGAAUUAUUAGUUAUUAAUGAUUUUAAAAUUACUGAAUUCCAUAACAGAUUUGGAAUACUAAGUAGAUGGGCCAAUCGAAACUUUCGAUUCGUUUCGAUUUUUUUUCUUUAGUAUACAAUCUCGUUCCUCCUUCACGUUUAUUUAUUUUUUCUAGCUAAGCGUCACUUACAUACUUAUUAUAUUUGCAUAGACUGGUGCAGUGCGCGUCACGAAAGUCAAAUGGCCUCUGCAGUAGGGCUAGCAUGCGCGCUACGAGAUAAUAAUCUCGUCCCGUUCCUCGUAUUUUUUCUAUAGCGAUGGAUAGACCGACAAAGACAUGCCGCUAAGCGAUAUAGCGUUCCGGUACAUCAUCACUUACCAGCAGGCAGUCAAGGGCUAAUUUUGUAGCAAAAAAGGCCAAUUUUCUCGUAGUGCGCAGUGCGUUGCUAACAGGGCGGGGAUAACGUGUACUAGAACAAGUGUCCGCGUUUCUAUUGCUUACCGUAAAAAAGAUUUUAAGCAGUAUAACACUUUCGUGGCGCAUUUAUUGAAUGUGGUGAAUUGUGGGAGAUGGUGGUCUCGCUCAAAUCUUCGGGACUUACGACCCGACUGUACAUAUUAUGAUGUAAUGAAUGGUGAUAUCUUAGCGGCCUUCGAUAUUGUAAAGCUAGCUCUAAUGUCCUGGUUAACACUAGUAGCGGGUACGGUUUGUAUUAUACGUUUUUGUUGCGUGUUUACAUCUUCAGUGGGAUACUGCUGUUUUGGACAAGUAAAAACGGCCUUUUGUUACAAAUUCAAGUAUCUAGCACAUUAUUAUUCAUUUUAUUUAUUGUAUGGGAGAAACGAAACUACAGCGUGUCUGGUUUUACCAAUUUCUAGAGAUUUUAGAUUUUGAUUGUAGAUUUAUUUCUACGACAGUGUCAAGGUCACUAAAAUUUAUAAUAUUUGUUACAGUACUUCUACUUUGCAAUUUCGUUGUACCUCAAGAACGAUGUAUUGAAUUUUUGACGAUAAUAUUUUAGCCACAAAUACGCACGGCUUUCCGCUAUUGGUUAUUGCGGACGCAUCUUGGUGGCAUCAGCUGUAAUGAUUCAUACCAAAAACCAAACCAAACCAAAACCAAGGCCUGUAUUUCAUUGAUUUUGACAACCGGUUUUUUAGUUCACGAUUAUCGUCGAGGUGUAACUUAUAAAAGGUGUACUGAUCAUACUACUGCAAUCCGUAAGCGGCCAAUAAAAAUAAGUGCAACAGAGCAGUCCAUUUUUUCGUCGCUCUCACUCUAUUUUUCUUUUAUUGGGGUAAGUCUAGUUAACCGGCUCACAUUUUAUAGAGUAAAAAUAUAAUUUUGCAUAUUAUGGGAAACGAAAGUGUCUUCCACUCUGUAUUAAAUACAUCUCCCUGGAACGGCGUGUGCUAUGCCUUGUUAAUGGAAGGACCUUGGUCGAUUUCCGGAUCAGUUAAAUAAAGGAAUUUCUAAAUUGGGACAGCUCUGGCGAGGAAGUCCUAGUUAUUUAGCUAGUUUGGUUCUCACCACUCGACUGGCUUAUACAUACUGCAAUGCUAUUUAUCGUUGUUUAUGGGUAUGGUUUUAGAAAACUACCCUAUUCACGUAAGCGCGCUUCCAUUGUAAUAACAUACCGUUCGGCGACCUAACAAUUGUUAUACAUUUUGGAUAACACCGGCCGGUGUUUAUUAGCUCAAUAGAUGUAUCUUCCAUAAGGCGAGAUAUCAGCUAAAUUGUCUACGAAAUAAUAAUGAAAUUUGGUAGGGCUACUGACAAGGCUGAUCUUCCUUGGAGUUAUAUAGAGAUAUGGAUAUAUAGAUUAAUAUCACAUUAUGUUCACUAUCAGGACCUGUAAAGACACGUGAAACGCGCAAGUCUUUAUGGCGAGCAACAAGCGUACAGAUGACUACAUAAUAUGAUAUCAAGACGUGCAUGGAUUACAAUAUAAUUGUUACGCACUCUUUGUAUUAUAGUAUCGUAGAAUUGCACAGUUCUCUAGUCUGCUAUAAAAUCUACGGGUAUUCUGUUACGCCAUUAACCAAAAUAACCGGAGCUGUAUCCCACCGCCGUUGAAAUGUCCUAAAAGUAAAUAAAAUAACAGUCGUUUGCCAAACAUUACAUUUUUAACAGUUUUGUGACUUUAUUUAAGCUUCAUUCGGAUUGUUUAGAUGUCAUUGUAAAUAGCCCCUAAAUGGGACGGGCGCAUCGACCGAUAUCUUGUUUCUUAUAAAAUAGUUUUGGCUAAAGUACUAUGUUCGAUCUGGUAAACCGUCUUUUAAGUAACUAACUUCGAAGUUCGCGUCACGUCUCAAAAUAGUGUACAGCACAAACUUCAUUGUAAAAAAAUCUAUACCUAAGUGCAUAUCAAAUUAAAUUUAAUGUUAGAAUUAUUUGGUGAUAGGACAGGCUUUUGAUCCCCUGUUACGAGAUUGCACACCUCGCAAAGUUAAUUAAUGGUCGGUUGACGUGAACGUCGUGACAAGGGUGUUUAAAAAUAUUCACUUAAGAAAAUUAAUCGGCUACUUAAAUGAAACAUGAGAUUUUUUUCUCUAUAAUGUUAAUUAAAAACUGUAUUAAAAAAUCAUUAAAACAAAAUUAUAACGAAACUAACACCAGUAGGUGCAUCUGUGAUUCAAAAUAAAUUCAAAUUUCUUUUAAACUUAAUAUUUCUGUAAAUUAUUUGAUGGAUAUUAAUUAAAUACCCAUUUAUAUGAAAUAGUUACAGGUAGUUCCCGCAUUAGAGAAGACUGCAUUGUAUUAAUUAAAGAAGUUUUUUAAAUUGUAUAUAUGUACACAUACAAAUUCGGUCUGAAUGAAACUUAAGGUACUAGAACAUAAUAUUGUGUAUCGAAUGCUGCCAGUUACUAGUGAUGUUACUUCCUAAUCAUUUUGUUCAACAUUUUUCUCUUUAAAUUAAAAGAGAAAUCAAAAUCAAUACUCGUAUGUUAAAAAAUGAAAUUAUAAAAUGAAUUUUUAGGCGCUUUUUCGAUUAUCAAUAAAAAUUUAUUAAGAUACAUCUUUGAUAGGGUUUUUCUUGAAUUGUUUAGUUUUCUUUGGCACUGUGGCAAAGCAAACAUUUUCUAUAUUUUAAAAUUAUGUUGCUUGUGUCAAUGUUACAAUCCUCUCUUUAAGUUUAUGAAUGUUAAAGAAAUAUAACAAGAUCUAUUGCACACAAGAGUUACCUUUGUAAUAGACAAAAAGAUUUUGUUUCAAGAGUUUUAGUGCUAUGAUUAUUAUUAUAUUAUAAUUAUUAUUAUGUUAAUGUAACUUUUCGAUUUGAUUUUUUGUUUCAAUGUUUUAUGAAAUUAUUAGUAACACAAUUUCUGGGGCCAAAACAAACGAGAAUAGGAAGUACAAAUUAAUCAAAAAUUUUCUCGUAAUUUAGUUUAAGACUUUAUCCUACUUUCGUGUAUAAAUUACUAUCAUCCAUUGUUUCCUUACUUUCGUUUUCCUAAUCUCCUAUUUCGUCUCAUAUUAUGUUGUGUUUCAAAUGGUGAUUGGAAACUUGCAUCUACAUUGAUCAUUUAAUAAUUUAUUUUCUAGAUACAUGUUUGUGGAAAUCUAAUUAAUAUAAAAAAAAUUGUGCAUGAUGGCAUCUGACUAAACCUUUUACUAACAGAUUUUGAAAUCAAUAGCACUUGCAGUUACUGUGAAAAUGUAUAAAAAACUUAAAAUAUAAAUAUUGUGUAGUGUUUCGAACAGUGUUCUUUCCCAUGGUAUGAGAUUCUACGCUCUUAAUUGUGGACAGUGGAGGUAAGAUAGACCGAAUUUACCAUUUAUAAAUCAAAGCUAAUAUUUAUCCAAAUAAGGUUCGCUCCUAUCGGAGGUAAAAAAAAAAUUAGUAACACAGAAUGAAUUUUCUACUUUUAAACGAGGAAUUUACUUUAGUGUUUUAUUGUUUCUAUACGCCAAACGACGUAUGCAUCUCAUACCUAGAUAAUUCUUAAUCUCAAUCUAGGUAUCUUGUAUCAAUAUUGAAAAGAUUUUAUAGUACAAAACAAGGCAAGUUCACAGUUAGGUCCGGGAUACACUGUAUAAAGUGAUAUGUAAAGUUGCUCAACAACAACGUGAAUGUUGCAGGACCCAUUUUGUUAAACACUUUACUUUCAAAUGCAAUAUCACCAUAGUAAUAUGGUUGUGUUGGUUAGGUGCUGCGUACAUACUUGAGAUUUGUGAUGUUAUACUGCAUACAAGUUGGGCAAUCAAAUAUAUAACAUGAUCGAUAAUUGACUACCACCGGACAUGCGAGACGUGCGCGCGUUCUCUAAUCCGGAAUACAAUGGCACGCGUCACGUGCAUGUUAAAAUAUUACAGGAUAGCGCCAAUGCAGCACCUAGUAGUUGUGGGUAAUAAUGAUAUGUUUGAAAUCGAUCAUCCAGUACCGAUAAUGGAUUCAUUAAUAAUGUUAAAUUAUAGUGUUUAAUACUAAUAUGUGCAAACUGCAAGUGCUAAUAAUACAUUAAAUGUAUAUUAAAGUUGGACAUAAAGGCAAUCUGCUAUAGCGCAGUAACUCCGAGGUUAGCCUUAUUUCAAUUUUAAGUUCCUUUGUUAUAUAUUUGGAUACGAAUGCGAUGAAAAUGUCGGUCUAUUUAUUAAUUUGUAAUAUAUAAGUAAAACCUCAUACUUUACGCUUAUUAUAGAUGUCGUACUGUAGUUCAUUUCAAUCAUAAUGCUGUGUCUGUUUGAAAUGAACUGCCAGAGCAACCACUGUAUAUAAAAAAAACUGUUACAACGAUUUUAGUCCGUACAGAGACAAUGCGUCGAUUCGACGAUGCACACAGGGUCCUAAUGUAGUAACAUGUUUCAAUUCAGACAAUAUUUGUUGUAAUUGCGUUGUUGGUUUAUUCUUUCUUUGCAUUGGGCUAAGAUGAGAAAGUAAAUAUGACUGCUAUUAUGAGUUAAAACCAUGGCGGAGUAGAAAUCAGAACAAUAUUUAUUUUAAUAAAAAAAUAUUUCUGGGUGUGUAGUUAACUUCCUCAUUCUAAUAAAAUGUCCUCUCUGGUUAAUAUAUCUUCGUCUAAUUAUAGAGUUGCACAGUCUUGACCU